CGACACGCGACGCGGCGGCGCUCUUCCCCGUUUAGCUAAUGCCAGAGGGUAACACGCGACUGCAGCGCGUGCUGGCGAAAUGGCGUGCCGGCAAGCCCGUCCGUCUCGGCGUGAUCGGAGGCUCAAAUAGCGCAGGGCAAGGCGUUUGGGCCGACAACCAAAUGAUGUACUCGCAGCUCAACAUGCACGUGCAGCUCUUCAACUACCUGGACGCGCGGUUCCCGCAGCGCGGCAAGGUGAUGGAGGCGACGGGCGGGGGCGACGAGAACAGCUUUGUCAACGGCGCAAAGUUCGGCCGCGGCACAGAGUACUUCACCAUGUGCUCGGACGUGCACCUCCCCGAGGAGCUGGACCUUGUCGUCGUCGAGUUCGCCGUCAACGACCAGUACAACCUCGAGGCGACGGAGGCGUACGAGUUCCUUGUCCGAUACCUCCUCGAGCGGCCCGGCUCGCCGGCCGUGCUCGAGCUCCAGACGUUCGGGUACGAGUUCGACAAGGUGUUGACUGGCGGCGGCAGUCACCUCGCCACCAACCUCUACUACAACAUCCCGACGAUUGCGCCGCGCACCCUGUUCUACGACGGCGCCCAGCACAACGUGACCAAGUUCUGGGACUGGUUCUACUGGUACAACCCCCACGAAGUGCCUGCCGACCUGCACGGCGUCGACCUGCGUCACUUCGGGCCCGGCGGGCACCGCGUCUCCGCCGAGCUGAUGGAAGCGUAUAUCGAGCAGCAGCUCUGCGAGAUGGACUACACCGAGGAGCAAGCCGGCACGCGCGACAUCGACACCCUCUACCCCGUGCAGCCGGUGCACCCGCUCUCGCUCAUGUCGGCGUUCAGCCGCGACCACCCUGGCGCCGCCAUGCGCCGCCUGGCGCCCAAGUGCCAGAGCAUCGACUCGGACUCGCACCCGCUCACGCCGGUGCACAGCGACGGCUGGGAGCGGUGGACGUGGACGGGCGACAACGGCAAGACCAAGACGUAUUUGCGCGCGACGCAGCCGGGCGCGACCGUCACAUUCGACCUCGGCGCGGUUACGAGCCGCGUCGAGAUCUUCUAUCUGCGCUCCAAGGCGUUCGGGCUCGGCUCGCUCGAGUGCACGCUUAAUGGCGAGCACGCGAAGACGAUACAUGGGUGGUGGGACAAGGCGGAGAAUAUCGGACAGAGCACGAGGUGGCGCAAUAUCGAGGCGGGGGAUUACAGGCUCGAGUGCGAGCUGUUGGGCGAGACCAAGGACCCGGGCGGCGGCACAGAGUUCCGCAUCAUGGCAGUCAUGAGCAUCUAGAUUGGACACGAGCAUUGGGCGAAACACAGCAUGGUCUAGAUGGGAGACAUUCAAAUGUAGAUGUACAUAGUCAUAAUAGAGGCAAUCAUUCAUCGUCAAUG